AUGAUAUUCUCCAAGCUUGGUUCCUCCCUCGCUCGAUCCUCUCGUUCUAAGGGAUUGGUGUACGGUGGUGGUGUGAGAUCGGCGAUUUCAAGUGAAGGGAGGCUUCGGGCGCCGCCGGCUCUUGAGGCGGCUGAUGGUGGAUUAGGGUUUCUGAGGCGGAACUUUGCUUCUUUAGCUGCUCGGAAGGGACUAGAUUCCGGUGAUUUUAGCCGCGUUUUCGCUAACCCUAGAUUGCGUCGGCUCUUCUCUAGCGAAACCCCAAAAAAGAAGAAUUACGAGAACUACUAUCCAAAAGAUACUAAGCAAGCACCCAAGAAUGAGCAGAAAUCUGAAUCCGGAGAAGGUUCAAAGAAAAAUGAGAAUGAGAAUGUCGGGGACAUGUUCACGAAGGAGUUCCAGAAUAUGUUAAUUCCUCUGAUGGCCAUUGGUUUAAUCCUUUCUUCUUUCUCGUUUGGUUCCCGAGAUCAGCAACAGAUUAGUUUCCAGGAGUUCAAAAACAAGCUCCUCGAGCCUGGUCUAGUGGAUCACAUAGACGUUUCUAAUAAAUCAGUCGCGAAAGUCUAUGUGAGGAGCUCACCAAAAGACCAAACAACUGAACAAGUUGUUCAAGGUCCUGGUAAUGGAGUUCCUGCUAAUGCUAAAGCACCUGGUGGUCAGUAUAAGUACUACUUUAAUAUUGGUAGUGUUGAAUCAUUUGAGGAGAAACUCGAAGAGGCCCAAGAAGCUUUAGGCGUUGAUUCUCAUGACUUUGUUCCUGUCACCUAUGUCUCUGAAAUGAUCUGGUACCAGGAACUGCUGAGGUUUGCACCAACUUUACUUCUCUUGGGUACACUAAUUUAUGGGGCAAGACGGAUGCAAGGUGGAUUGGGAGGUGUUGGAGGGCCUGGUGGGAAGGGUGGCCGUGGAAUUUUCAAUAUUGGGAAAGCUCAAAUAACGAGAGCAGAUAAAAAUUCCAAGAAUAAGGUAUAUUUUAAAGAUGUUGCGGGAUGCGAGGAGGCUAAACAAGAAAUUAUGGAAUUUGUGCAUUUCCUUCAGAACCCAAAGAAAUAUGAAGAUUUGGGAGCUAAAAUCCCAAAAGGUGCGCUUUUAGUUGGUCCACCAGGGACUGGAAAGACCCUUCUAGCAAAAGCUACUGCAGGGGAAUCAGCUGUGCCGUUUUUGUCGAUAUCUGGUUCAGAUUUCAUGGAGAUGUUUGUUGGUGUUGGACCUUCCAGAGUGAGAAACUUGUUUCAGGAAGCUAGACAAUGUGCACCUAGCAUAAUAUUUAUUGAUGAGAUCGAUGCGAUUGGCCGUGCUAGAGGACGUGGAGGUUUCUCUGGUGGAAAUGAUGAGCGUGAAAGCACUCUUAAUCAGCUGCUAGUGGAAAUGGAUGGUUUUGGUACUACAGCUGGAGUUGUGGUGCUUGCUGGAACUAACAGGCCGGAUAUUCUCGAUAAAGCUUUGUUACGACCUGGCCGGUUUGAUCGUCAAAUAACCAUAGACAAACCUGAUAUUAAAGGCCGUGAUCAGAUAUUCCAGAUAUAUUUGAAGAAGAUCAAACUUGAUCACGAGCCCUCAUAUUACUCACAAAGGCUUGCAGCCCUCACUCCCGGAUUUGCUGGAGCUGACAUUGCGAAUGUCUGUAACGAGGCGGCUCUUAUUGCUGCCAGACAUGAAGGAGCAACAGUUACGAUGGCACACUUCGAUUCCGCAAUUGAUCGUGUUAUUGGAGGUCUGGAGAAGAAAAACCGGGUAAUAAGCAAGCUGGAGCGCCGCACAGUUGCAUAUCAUGAAUCUGGCCACGCGGUUGCUGGGUGGUUCCUGGAACAUGCGGAACCAUUGCUAAAGGUGACUAUUGUUCCUCGUGGCACAGCAGCACUUGGGUUUGCCCAGUACGUUCCAAAUGAAAACUUGCUCAUGACAAAAGAACAACUCUUCGACAUGACUUGCAUGACUCUCGGCGGCCGUGCUGCGGAACAGGUAUUGAUAGGAAGAAUCUCGACAGGCGCUCAGAACGAUCUGGAGAAGGUGACCAAAAUGACAUACGCCCAAGUUGCUGUGUACGGAUUCAGCGACAAGAUAGGAUUGCUGUCAUUCCCGCAACGAGAAGACGAGUUCUCCAAACCAUACAGCAACAGAACCGGUGCAAUGAUAGACGAAGAGGUCCGAGAAUGGGUUGCCAAAGCUUACAAGCGAACAGUUGAGCUGGUAGAGGAACACAAAGAGCAAGUGGCUCAGAUCGCUGAGCUCUUGCUAGAGAAGGAGGUUCUGCAUCAGGAUGAUCUUGCUAAAGUUUUGGGUGAGCGUCCGUUUAAGUCGGCUGAGAAGACGAACUACGACAGGUUUAAAUCUGGAUUCGAAGAGACAGUAAAGAAGAGCCAGGAAGAGACUGCAACGGUAAAGCCUGUGGAGGAUGAUGGAGCUCCACCACUCGAGCCACAGGUGGUUCCGACGUAG